GCCCCAGGGAGUCAUCUCAUCACUACCUGCCUUCCCCCUCGGCCGGCGCGAGGGCGGGGACUUCCAGACUGCGCCCGGUGGAAGGGGUGGUGCGGGGGGCCGGGUGACCUGGCGGCGGGUGCGGGAGGGUCUGCGGCGGGCGGCGCUGCAGCAGCCUGGGCUCGGCCUCCACCGCCCGCGGGGAUUUAUUUCAUGGGGAUGUGUUCAAGACAAGAGCGCAUUCAGAAGGAUAUCGACGUGGUGAUCCAGAAGUCCAGAGCCGAGAAGGACUGCCUGUUUGCAGAUUUCAGAUACUCCGACUCCACCUUCACUUUCACCUACGUUGGCGGCCCCAAAAGUGUUUCUUAUUCAGUACAUGUGUCUGAAGAUUACCCAGAUAAUACAUACGUGUCAAGUUCAGAAAAUGAUGAAGAUGUUUUAGUUACUACAGAGCCCAUCCCAGUAAUUUUUCACCGAAUAGCUACAGAAUUAAGAAAGACAAAUGACAUUAACUGUUGCUUAUCCAUACAAUCCAAAUUGCAAAAGGAAAAUGGGGAGGAGUCAAGACAAAAUAGUACAGUGGAAGAAGAUUCUGAAGGUGAUAAUGAUUCUGAGGAGUUUUAUUAUGGAGGACAGGUGAACUACGACGGGGAGCUGCACAAGCACCCACAGCUGGAAGCUGACCUGUCUGCAGUGAGAGAGAUAUAUGGGCCACACGCAGUUUCUCUCAGGGAAUAUGGAGCCAUUGAUGAUGUUGAUAUUGAUCUUCAUAUUGAUGUCAGCUUUCUUGAUGAGGAGAUCGCUGUGGCUUGGGAAGUCAUUCGAACGGAACCCAUUAUUGUCCGUCUGCACUGUUCACUUACACAGUAUUUAAAUGGCCCAGUGCCCACUGUUGAUGUCUUCCAGAUUUCCACAAAAGAACGCUUCGGAUUGGGACAUCAGCUGAAAAAAAUCAUGCAGACAUUCGCCACACAGCAGUGGAAACUGAGCAAAGAAAAAUCCAGUUGCCUGAACAGUAAGAAGCUGUCCGAGAAGAAAGUCAAAUCUCCCCUGCAUCUGUUUUCUACUCUGCGCAGGUCGCCAAGUUAUCCACCCCCGGGUUGCGGCAAAAGCAAAUCCAAACUGAAAUCUGAGCAAGAUGGGGUCUCCAAAACACACAAGCUGCUGCGGAGAACUUGUUCCAGCACCGUCAAGACGGAGGACGUGUGUGCCAGCAAGUCCCACAGGACCUUUGGUCGCUCCCUGUCCAGUGACCCUAGGGCCGAGCAGGCGGUGACGACCAUUAAGUCGCACAAGCUCUUGACCCGCCCCUGUCCGGCAGCUGUCAAGCAAGAGGACUGCCUCACUCUCAAGUCACAUAAACUCUUGACACGAUCUUGCUCCGGAGAUCCACGAUGUGAGCACAACGCCAGCUUGAAGCCCCACAAACUACUAAGCAGGUCUUACUCCAGUAAUCUCCGAAUGGAAGAACUGUACGGACUGAAGAAUCACAAGUUGCCCGGCAGGUCUUACUCCGGCGUUCCCAAGUCAUCCAAAACAGAGCUUUUCAAGGAACCUACAGUGGAGGGCAGGAGGCUCUCUCUUACCUCAGGGCUUAUUGGUAUCUUAACACCGUCUUCAUCUUCCCAGCCUGCUUCCAAUGGUGCCAAGUGCAUUCCAAUACGAGACCGUGGCUUCCUAGUACAGACAAUCGAGUUUGCUGAACAGCGGAUCCCCGUAUUGAACGAGUACUGUGUGGUCUGUGAUGAACCACAUGUGUUUCAAAAUGGCCCCAUGCUUAGGCCUACUGUGUGUGAGCGAGAACUGUGCGUAUUUGCUUUUCAAACCCUGGGAGUAAUGAAUGAAGCUGCUGACGAAAUAGCGACUGGAGCUCAGGUGGUGGAUCUGCUGGUGUCCAUGUGUCGGUCUGCAUUGGAAUCUCCUAGAAAAGUUGUCAUUUUUGAGCCCUAUCCUUCUGUGGUGGAUCCUAAUGAUCCUCAGAUGUUGGCCUUCAACCCCAGGAAGAAGAACUAUGAUCGAGUAAUGAAAGCGCUGGAUAGCAUAACUUCCAUCAGAGAAAUGACACAAGCACCAUACCUGGAGAUCAAGAAGCAGAUGGAUAAACAAGACCCUCUUGCUCACCCCCUACUGCAAUGGGUUAUUUCAAGUAAUAGGUCACAUAUUGUGAAACUGCCAGUUAACAGGCAAUUGAAGUUUAUGCACACCCCACACCAGUUCCUUCUGCUCAGCAGUCCACCAGCCAAAGAAUCCAACUUCAGAGCUGCGAAAAACCUCUUUGGGAGUACCUUUGCAUUCCAUGGCUCACACAUUGAAAACUGGCACUCCAUCCUGAGGAAUGGUUUGGUUGUUGCUUCUAAUACAAGACUCCAGCUCCAUGGUGCAAUGUAUGGAAGUGGAAUCUAUCUUAGUCCAAUGUCAAGCAUAUCAUUUGGUUACUCAGGGAUGAACAAGAAGCAGAAGGUGUCAGCCAAGGACGAACCAGCUUCGAGCAGUAAAGGCAGCAGUGUGGCACAGUCACAGAGAAAAGGACAGCAGUCCCAGUUCCUGCAAAGCCGUAACUUAAAAUGCAUAGCCUUAUGUGAAGUGAUCACCUCCCCUGACCUGCACAAACAUGGAGAGAUAUGGGUUGUUCCAAAUACUGAUCAUGUCUGCACUCGAUUCUUUUUUGUGUAUGAAGAUGGGCAAGUGGGAGAUGCCAAUAUUAACACACAAGAAGGCGGCAUUCACAAAGAGAUCCUUCGCGUAAUUGGUAAUCAAACUGCUACUGGUUAAAGGGCCACCAUUUAACUAAAAUCAUUUGAAAACCUUCCUCGUGUUCAAAGCUGGAUUUUGAACUGAAGAAGAUGAUAAAAUAAUUUAUUGUUAUUAUAAACAAAACUAACCCUUUGAAUACUAAUUUUUUUCUUAGUAUUUCUAAGUAUCUCGUUCAAUACCUAAAAUGGUAUAAAAUUUACCAAUUGUAGGGUUAUGGAAUCUAGAAAUAAAAUUACAACAGCAUUUACACUGAAGUUCUGGCUGCUCACACAAUAAACAGAUUGAAAAACCA